UACUGCCAUUGCAAAUCGUGCGUCGUUGAAACUAUACGCGAUGUCCGUGGAUAUAGAUGAACUUUAAGGAAAAUAAUUUUCCUUACGCAGUUUAUCUUAUCUUUCUCUAUCUUAUCUUUAAAGUAAAUAUCCAAAGUUCCAAGUUAUGUUCAAAAUUAAAAAUAAAAUCCAUAGUUUCGUUAAAAACGAUAAAGUAGUGAAUGUGGAUGAUAUAAAUCCUAUGGAAAAAAAAUCAAAGAAGGAGAAAUCAAGAAAGACUUCUCCUGAAAAAAAAGAAAGAACGGAUGAAAUAACACAAUUUGCAUCAAAUGCACCAAAGCCAAACCUGCUAGCUUUCAAGAAUCAUCAAUGCGAGUCGAAACUGGCCAAUGGUGGCCUGCCGUCGCCGUCUUCAUCAACUUUGAACACUCCAUCGCUAGACAAGAUUGAUAACCGGGAUACAUGCACGCUACAAGACGUAGAUUUACGGAGAGAAGAUGAACGCUUAAAAACAUUUGUUAACUGGCCUGUACCAUUUCUUUCGCCACAAAAACUAGCUAGAAACGGUUUUUACUAUUUGGGGAAAAAUGACGAAGUGAGAUGUGCUUUUUGCAAAGUGGAGAUUAUGCGGUGGAUGGAGGGCGACGAUCCAGCCAAAGAUCAUCAGCGAUGGGCGCCACAGUGUCCUCUGUUACGUAAACAGAAUAGUGCUGGUAACGUUCCCGGGUCUACACCUUCCACGAACGGACGAGAUGAAUGUGGUCCACGCAUACCGCUUGCGACCCCCGGGAGACCAAGUCCCGCCCAUCCGGAAUACGCAAACAUCGCGGCCAGGUUGCGCACCUUUAAAGACUGGCCUCGUAGUAUGCCCCAGAAACCAGAAGAUUUAGCCGAGGCCGGCUUUUAUUACACCGGCCAAGGCGACAAGACCAAGUGUUAUUACUGUGACGGAGGACUCAAAGACUGGGAAAAGGAUGACGUACCGUGGGAGCAGCAUGCCCGUUGGUUUGACCGUUGUUACUACGUAUACCUAGUAAAAGGACGCGAUUAUGUGAAAAAGGUGUUAGCUGAUUCUGCUGCCGCAGAGUCGGAAGCGAAGGAUGAGACCGCAUCGACAUCAGCUCCGACAGCAACAGCAACUACAACAGUCACGGCCGCAACGUCGGAAAAAAGUAAUUCGAGCGAAGAAGGAAAACCUUUAGCAGAUUCAAAAAUAUGUAAAAUAUGUUAUGAAGAAGAAAGAAAUAUCUGCUUUGUACCGUGCGGUCAUGUAAUAGCUUGUGCUAAAUGUGCAUUAUCUACUGAUAAAUGUCCUUUGUGUCGUGCAGAUAUCCUAAAUACUUUGCGGCUAUACUUCUCUUGAGUCCUCUUGACUAAUUUCCCCUUGCUUACAUGUGCUGAAACCAUAUGUAAUCAAUCAAAAGGUACACUGUGAUUUAAUAUAAUUGUAAUUCUUCAUGUCAAUGAUUUAGCUUCUACUUGGCAAAUGAGAAUUUAAUUGACUAUUAAAUUGAUAGCUCUAUUUUUCGCGUGCCAACUUUGCAGAGCACUUUUGAUUGUGGUGCAUUAACAAUAACAGGUAGAUUUCAUUUUUUUAACAAAAUCGUUCUUAAUAAAUUUACCUCACUUAUAUUUUAUCUAAACAUUCUAAUUAUGUCGAUGGAACAAAAAUAUCGAUUUUGGCAGGCAUUAAUUAAUUUAAAAAUCGCAAAUUUUGAAGUGAAAUUAGGGCUAAAUUAAUGUUAUCGACUCAAUGGCGAAAUUCCGACAAGGUUAAUUUUUGUGACAGCAAAAUGUGAAAUGACUGUACUAUAUUUUUAACCAAUAAUUAAUUUUCUAUAAAUACAAGCUCAUGUAAAUAAAUAUCACAGAAUUGAAAUAUAGGGAUCAGUGAGUAGUACAUGAUUAAUAUUGAGAAAAAUAAAAAUAAUAUAUAAAUUAUUGAGGUGUUUUUAAAUUAUUUAUGAUUCAAAUUGUAAAUGUAUGUGUAAUAUUAUGUAAAUAUAUAUUUGUAAAUUAUUUCCUAUGCUAGAUAUUAUUUCGAUGGCAAUUUAAGUAUUGUUCCAUUGUCAUAAUUUAUGUGUAUAAUAUUAAAAUUACACCAAUGCAGUGAAUUAAGUAGACCUAUCUAAAAUCGCUUUGCAAGCUAACUUCAGGCUUAAGAUAGCUUGCCAAAGUUGUACUUUUAGAAUAGAUAUAUAACAAUAAGACUGAUCAACUGUACUUUUAUAAACAAUUCUACUUAUUUUGCAAAGCAUUGGAAAAAUAUUUCUAAUAUUGUACAUUAUCACAUUAAUAAUAGUGCAAUAGACAGAUUUAAUAAAUUUAGUUUGUGAUGUUUGCAAUUUAUAGGUAAACUAACAUUCAUUUUUGUUGCAUAUCCAUAUUUUUGGAAAUAGUUCCAAUUUAAAAUGAGUCCGUUUAAUUCUUAAAAAACAUAAAAUCUAAUAACAUAUAAUUCUUUAAUGAAACUUUUUUUUUGUGGUUUACAAUGGAUCACACAUUUCAUUUGGAUUGUCCUGAACACUAUUUGCUGUGUUGACAUUAAAUGACAGAAUUAAUAAAUUUUGCCAAACUAUGGGAUCUCAGCAAAUUAAAUUUCCAAGCGCAUUGAUAAUCACUUUCACAGUUGUAAUGUUUUUGUUAUGGUUUGUUUGUGUAAAACGUUGCAUGUGACAUUGUUUGAUUUAGGAAUUUUGUCUCUUUGUGUUUAUUUACUUGAAUGGGGUGUAAGUGUCCCAACUACGAGCCACGGGUCAAAGUCAACCUCACCUGCAAACGGUGCACCCUGCUAGAAAACGAACGGGGCUCUGGCGAAACUGUGACAUCUUACAAAGUCGGCACCUUCAUAUAGUCUUAUUAUAUGAAGAUUGGCAUUUGAUUCCGGGCAUUGUACCGGUAGAAAUUACCUAGAAAACGCCUCAAAUUUGUAGAUAACUUACCCAAAUUGGAAUUGUUGAGUUCCAAGUAUAAUUCUACGAAUACUAUAUAAUCUUCGUUUAAAAAUAAGACUGCAUUUAUCUUUUUUUUUUGCUAUAGUGUGCCUUCCGGGACAAAGGAAAUGUUUGAGUCACCACCAAUUAGAUUUUAAUGCAACAUAGUUAUUAUCCUUAAAAAAACUAUGAUUUCUAAAUCAAACAAAUGUCUGAUUAUUUUAUGUAUCCAUAGGAAACUGGAGAAAUUCAAUCGAUGUGUAUUUGUCGUUGCAAAUAUCAGUAGUAACAUAAUGUAGCAGUCGUAAAAUAAUGUAGCAUACGAUGGUAUUACAAAAAUAUUACGUAGUUUACCUAUGCAAUUGCGAAAAAUUGCCCUUACGAAAAAUAUACUGUCUGGCUUUUCUUAAAUAAAAAAUGUAUGUAUUCGUACCAAUCAGUGAACAAUUUUCAGUAAAAGGAAAAAUAUAUGUAUAAAAAAGAUAAAACUCAAAUUACACAUUUUACAUAGGUUAUUAUAAUUGUUAGAAAUAUGUAAUUAUAAAAUAAAAACAGAUUUUUAAUAUCA